AUGAACAACUCAAAUUUAAGGCAUUAAACUUUAUCAGUUGCAGCGCUUCCAAAAUAGGGAGAAAUUAGAACAACAUAAUUGCUUGAAUACACUAAUGGCAUAUUUUAGGGCCAAAUGUCUGGUUAUCCAUUAAAAAAAAACGGAUUAGGAGUUUUCGCUUUUGAUAAUGGAGAUUUUUACUUUGGUGAAUGGGAAAAUGAUUAGCUCCAAGGAGAAGGAAUUUUAUUUUUUGCAUUUGGAGGAUUUGUGCAUGGGUUUUUUGAAAAAAGCAAGUUACAUGGACCUGCUUUUUUAAAAUUUUCAAACGGUGAAAUUUACGAAGGUUACUGGAACAAUGGUCUUAUAGAUGGUGAGGCAUAUAACUACUUUAUAGAUGAAAACUUAUGGCUAAAGUGCUAAUAUUCGAAUGGUAAAUUUUAAAACCUCCUAGAAGAAGGAGAAGGAAGAGCUCCAUCAAAUGUUUUAGCAAAUUUAAGUGAAAUGAAGUCUAUAAGCGAUAAGCACAAAACACCUGAGAAUCCAAGGGUUAAAAUUUUAGAUUUUAAGGAUGGAUAGUAAUUCUUAGGUGCUGCAAAUAAAAAUAAAACUUGUGGGUUAGGUAUUUUAAGAAGAUUAGAUGGAAAAUGCGACAUAGGGUUUUGUGAUGAUGGAAGAUUCGUAGAUGUAGGACGCAUAAAUCUGAAAGAUGGAGGACUUUAUGAUGGGCUUCUUAAAAAUGGAAAAUUCAAUGGAAGAGGUAUGUAUUAUAAUCCUAAAGAUAAGAGCUGGUUUUAUGGACACUUUGAAAAUGGAGAAUGUAAAAAAAUAUCUAAAUAGGGAUAAGGAAAGUAUCCUUUACAAAUAGUUGAGUAAAUUAGAGCUUAGCACCAUAAAAAAUCAAAUCGUUACGUUGAUUAGAUAGUAGCUCCUAAUGUUUUUUAUGUUCCUACAGGUUAUAAUAGAAAUCAAAAAUAAACAAAAGAAACAGAGUGGUAGCCUUAAAAAAUAGAAUAAAUGAGAGAAAAAACUUUCAGUCAUAGAAAAUCUCCUAAGUUAAUUCGUAGCUUAUACGUUCAUGAAUAAGUUUUCAAAGAUUAUGAUGAUCUCAGCCAAAGAUAAAAAAUGAGAAUGAUUUAAUCUGAAAAAGCAAUGACAGCUUCUCCUAACUCCAAACUUUACUAGCAUUACUUACAAAAGUCUGCUAACAGUGAAUAAGAUGAAAAUAUAGUAAAAAGAUCUGGUAAUAAAAAAGAUGGUGAAAGAGAUAAGAGAUCAUCUCCUAUGCAAAAUUAAAUGUAUCCAAACUAAAUCAAUAAUAGAGGAAGAUAAAUUAGCCCUUUUAACAAAUCAGAUUAAAAGCCAAGCCAAUAUUAUUCACCAUAAAAGACUCCUGAUUAGCUAAAACAGAUGAUGAAUUCUUCUCUAUCCUCCUCAAUUAAUAAUUAAAAGAAAGGAAAUCAGAAUACUUAAAAAGGCUAAUAAACAGCUUAGCCACUCUAAGCUUCAAAGGUAUAAAGUGAUCCUAAUUAAAACUAUAUUAAUAUUUAAGACUCUUAUGAUAUGAGCAUAGAGGGUAUUCCAUAUGAAAAAGAGGAAAGACAAAAAAAAAGUAAAUUGUCAUAACAACAAAUUAAUAAAAUACCAUCAUAAUCAAGUGGAUAAGAUAACAAAUUUAUAAUAAUUGAUCAGAAUCCUGCUUAAGUGUAGAGCUUUAGUUCACCUACUUUCAAUCAGUAACAGUUAUUAACUUAGGAACAAGCUUAAAAGCAUCUCUAGUAAAUGUAAUAGUAGCUUCAUCCAACAGGCGAAAAAGAAUUAUAAGAUUAGAAAAUAUCAAGCGAAAAAAAAUUCUAAUCUAUUGAAAGUGGAAAUAGUAGUGGAGACUAGUAAGUAUAUUAAAAUAACCAAGGAACCAAUUUUACAUAAUUUGAUACAAAAAAUCAAAUGGGAUAAAAAAACUAACCUAGCAGUACUCAUUUAAUAUCUAGCAACAACCCUUAAACUUAAUUUAGAAAGAACACUUUCGGUGAAGAAAUGAAUUAGGAUUUACCUGACUAAAAACCAUUUAAAUCAAAUUCUAUGCAUAAUUAAGCAUCUCGUCCAAUUGAUACUAUUGGUUAUUCUUUAUCUCCUACAGUCUACUCUACAAUUAAUGAAUAGCCAUUCUAAUCAGAAUAUUAGUCUCAAAAAUCUUAAAACAAAGAUCAAUUUUUAUAAUCUGUCUCUUAAUUUAAUAAUCCAGCUGAAUAAUAAUAGUUUUUAAAUUAAUAGUCUUAAUAUAAUAGAAGACCUUUAUCUUAAAGUCUGCAUUCUGGUUUAUAAAAGACUGAAUAAAAGGAGUUAUUUAAUUAAAAAAUACCAAGUGAAACAAGACUAUCAUAAUAGAUUUCAUCUUCUUAAUCAAUCGAUUAAAAUCCUAGAAAGUUAAGACUUUCUUAGUAUAUUGCUAAUAAUGUAGAAGAACCAAUUAAAUAACUAGUCAAAAAGGCAAUAGAAACGGAUAAUAACUCAGAGUUUCUUUAAAAAUAUAGAAAUGUUCUUUUUGAAGAUGACCCAAAAAGCACAUUCUCAGAUUACUAAGAUUUAGUUAGUGCUAGAAAUAAAAUUAUUCUGAAUAAAAUUGAAUAAAAUAAACUCUUUAGCUUAGAAUAAGCUGCUUCUCAUCAAGAUGAUCUGAUUUCAUUUUAAACUUCUAUAAUAGGUUUAUAAGAUUAAUUUAUUUCAAAGUAAAAGAGGUCAAAAUCUUUAAUGAGUUCACUAUAAGGAGGAAAUUUACACAGUCCAGUUGCAUCAGGAGUAGAUAUUUAAUCAUAGUAUGAGUCUACUUAUAGGACAAACCUAGAUUCUUAGAGAGAUAAUAAAUUUAUAAGUUAAAAUAGCUAAUAAUUGGUGUCGAACUCGAACUUUAAUACUAAUAACCCAGCAGCUGGAUUGAAUUUAGGAGGUUAAAAUGUUCGUUACUCUUCUCAACCCAAUCUUCAAAGAUUAAAUCUCACUUCUCAAACACCCUAAGAUUAGUAUAAUAUUUUAUAAAAUUGCCCACCACUUUCAGGUAAAUCCAAUUAUUCUUAAUAAAAUUAUGGACAUUAAGCAAGCAUUUAGAGUCAUGCUUCACAAUCAAGCUAGCAAUAGAAUAUUAUUCUUGACACUUUACAAUCUGUAAGAGGACCUAAUAGCAAUUACACCCAAUUUAAGGACUAACAAAUGCAUUAUUAAUCUACUUCUCCAUCUGUAUAAUAAUACACUUAAUCUCCUAGCACUCAAGCUGAAUAGAACAAGUAAAAAGAUGUUUAAUAAAAAAAUGAUAAAGCAAUACAAAAUUAAAAUUAAGUUAGCUAGUAAUUCUAAAUGAAAAGAGAUGGAUCUCCUCUUACUCCUAAAUAAGGAAUUAUUAAAGAUCCUUCUACUCCACGUAAAGGAGUAUCACCUAAAUCUGUGAGAUUUUCAUAAGAAAUUUAGAACUAGCAAGCUUAUACUCAACACACUUAAGAAAGUGAAGAAAAUUAAGAAGACUAAAAAUAAAAUUCCACUAAAGUUACAGAAAUGACAUUCUAACAAUAAAAAAAUAAUGAUAAUGUACCUUAAAUAGUCCUUCCUUAGAGUCCAAAUUAAUAAUAGAAUUAAAAGAAUGAAUUUGAAUAAAUUGCUAACUUUAUGCCUGAUACCCCAUAGAAACUCAACCCACAGCUAAAUAAAGUUAAAGAUUUACUUCAACAUCAAGCUUCAUAUAUUUCUUAAAAUAGCUAAAUUUCUAAUCCAAAAUAACUGAUAAGAUAAGUUGAAAGCUUCUUUAGCAGACAAAGCGAUGAUUAAGCUCAAAUAGAUCCUAAGGCUAAAGAUUUUAUAACAAAACUUAGAAAUAACUCCCCUGAAAGCUAAUAAAUAUUAUAAACUUUUUCUUCUCUCCCUUAAGAAUAAAGACAGGAGUAUAUUUAAAAGUAGGUUACACGCUAAGCAGAGUCACAGAUUCAAUAUGAAUACUAUAAUGAUCCUACGAAUUAGUAGUAAAGAAAUCAGUAAAAUUAAUUGAAAAAUUUAUAGCACUUACACAGCAGAUCUUCAUCUUUAUCUAGUGAAAAUAGAAGCCAAAAUAAUUAAAAUAACUAAGAUAAUAAUUACAAUUUCAAUUAAAGUAAUACUCAGCAAACAACAGGAAAUGAUUAAAAGCCCCCAAUUCAUCGUUUCAGAGAAGUAUACUCAACAAUUAUCUCUCCUAAAAAUACUAAUGAGCAAAGUUAAAUUAUAUCAAGAUAAUAGAGUGGAGAUUUUACAAGUAAUUAAGGAGGUUAAAUUGAUUAGUAAAGAGAGAAAUAGAAUUAAAAUGAACCCUUUUAGAGGACAAACAUGCAUUAAGGCUCAAUUUAAAAUUAACAAUAAGUUCAAAGAUAAUCACCCAAUUAAAAGAAAAGUGAAUUUUAUGUUGAUAGAAAUAACUAAGAUAAUAUAGAUUCUACAGAACUCUAGUAUUCUAGUUAAUUUGAUUAAAAUGAUAGCGUAAGAUAAUUUCCUUAAAGAACUCCUGCUAAUACUAUAACAUUUAACCCUAAUAGCAAUUAGGGUAUAAUAUAACAAGGAAGUUACUAUUCUCCUGACACUAAAUAAACUAACUAGGGAGAAUCUUAAUACAUAAUAUAAGGAAGUACUCCUUUAGAAAAGUAAGGAUCUUAGGUUAUGAACUAAACUAGUCCAGGCUUAUAAAAUAAUUUAAGUGCUAUUGAAAGCUGUUAGUACUCACAGUCUAAUCUAAACUAUAGUUAAUCACCUGAAUAAAUAAGAUUAACAACUAAUGAUCAGUAAAAUACUAAUUCAAACAAUAAUUCUUUUAGAUAAUCGAUUGCCUCAAAUAACUAAAGUAAUUAACGUCUAAUUUCACUUCAGCAACAAUACGAUUAAUAAAAUAUACCUCAAAAUGAAUAAAUUAUUAAUUAAAGUAAUAUACAAGAUAAGAGUUAUAAUAGUAAAAAUUAGUUUGAUUAAACACUACCAGAUGAAGUUUGUGAAGAUUUUGAAAAUAUCAACAUAGGAAACUUUACUGAAAGGAACUCUGAAGAAAAGUAAAGCCAAUAUAAUGAUUAAUAAGGACAAUAAAGUUUUAUAGGAGAAAAUAUUCGUGUUAUUGAUAGAAGUAGCUAUUAAUCAACUCCAGAUAGACCACAAAUAGUAAAUACAGAGCAUCAAUAAGCUUUAAACUAAAAACUUUAACAAAAUCUUCCUAAUUAAGCAAAUAAUCAAAUAAAUAAAUUUUAAGAAUACCAGUAAAGAUAAGAAUAAAGUUUAUAAAAGAUAGGUAGUAAAUAUGAAGAUUCGCCUUAAGAUUUAAGCAAUUUCAUAGAAAAAAAUAAUGAUUAAUAUCUAUAAAAUUAAAGUAUCUAAAGCACUCCCUCUCACCUUCAUUAAGAUUUAGAAAACUAAGGCCAAAAUUAAUCUUAAAAGCAUUUAAAUCCUUAAUCACAGCAAUAUCCAUAAUAAGAAUAAAACCAAAACAAUUAAUAAAAAUAAAAUAGUUAAAUGGGUAUUCCUUAAAAUUAAGAUCAAGAUAUUUAUGAGGAAAGGAGAAAAUAAUAACAAAUACCAUUUUCUAAAGAUAAUUUAGAACAUUAUGAAAAUGUUUAAUAAUUUUAUAAUUAAAAUCCAUAAAUGUAGAAUUAAUAAUUAUCGCCUAAUUAACAAAGCUAAAAUAACUCUAUUAAACAAAGUGAUAAAGAGCAAAUUUCACCAUAAAUGAAAUAAAAUAAUAAAAAUCAAGAGGAAUAUUAAAUUAAAAACAAAUAAAAUUAGGGUGAAAUAUAAAGCUAAUUGAUCAAUGAUAAUUCUAAAAGACAAUAGUCCCCUUAACAAAAAGGAAAUGAGUAAAUAUAAGCAUCAUCAGAAUAUCCUGAUACAAUAUAUUAAAAAUAAAAUCCCUAGAGAUAACCUGAAAACAAUUAAAAUUUAAUUCAGGGAAAACAAGAGUUAAGUCCUUACUCUUCAUAAAAUAUUAAAGAUAUAUAAUAUGCUUAAUAGAUAUAAUAACAGUAGAAAUUUAUUUCAGAAAAAAAUCUGUAAGAUUAAGACUCUCCUUUUUAGGAAGAAAAAGUAUUUUCAGGGUAAAAUGUAAGCGAAAAGAAUUUAACUAGUCAUAAAAAUCUAAAUUAAUAAGAUUCUGAGCUUUAGAAUUCUCCUAUAAUUACCCAAAAAAGCUAAUAUAAAAGUUAAGACAGAUCAUUUUUAUAAAGUUAAGAUAACUUUAAAGACUAAUAAAGCCCAUAUUCUUAAUAAAAUUUUAGUUAAAAAGAAGAUUAGCACUAAUAUCAAUAAUAAUAAUAAAUGGAAAAUAAAAUUAAAUCUAAACAUUCUCCUGUUAGUGAAGGAAAUUUUUAGUCUUAGAAUAUUUAAAGUUAAGAAUUUUUAAGUAAUAGCUAAAAUUAAAAUAAAUAUUAACCUUAAUAAUUUGAUUCUCCAAUAAUAACUGAAAAAAGUAUACAGCAGAGAUAAGGAAGAUAGAUUACUAUAGAUUAAUCCUAAAUUAACUAAAAUUAAUUAAUAUAGAGUAAUGAUUAAAUUAUAUUUAAAGAUUAAUCAAGUCCACGUACUUUGUAAAAUAUGAAUGCUGGAGAUCAUCAAUUUUAAGAAUAACAUUAUUAUUAAUAAUAGUAAUAAAAAUAAGAACCAAUGUAAGAAAGAAGUUUUACUAACUAAAAUUCUGUGUAUUAAUAAGAAAAAUCUCAAAAUUUAAGUUCAUAGAAUGAAAGAGGAGUGACUAACAGUUAAAACUAAAUCUAAAAAUCUAUUUCUCCAAGAAUUUCUCAUUAAAGCUAAUAUUCAAGUUAGGAAAGACAUAAUAUUACAGAUCAAUAACAAAUAUAUUAAUAAGAUGAUUAAGUUUAAAUUAAUUAAAAAUAGUAAUAAAGUCCGUAUACUUCUUAAAGUAGAGAUAUUCAAAAUUAAUAAUAUUCUUCUUAAAGUGGUGGAGAUUAUUAAUUUUAAUAAUAAAAUAUUAGUGUAGAUAAUCAAAAAGAUUAAGGGGGUUUUUCUGCUUCAAGUUAAAGCUUAAAAUCGUAAAAUUUGAAAAACUAAUAGAUUGGAUAAUCUAAAUAAUAUUUUGAAAACUAAUAAUUUUAAGAAGACGAAGAUUCAAAUCCUUAAAUAAAAAAAUCUUCGCCUUUUAACUAAAGUAAAAGUAUUUCUUAAAAUGUUGACGAGGGCCAAAGUUAGAAUUUUACAAAUUAAGAUAACUAUUCCACACAUAAAUCUUAAGAAAAUGUCAUAUUAAGUCAAAGUAGUGUUUCACCUUAAAAAUAUUAUUCUAAUAAUUAAUUGGAUAGUUAAAAACCUAUAAAUUAAGUUCAUCAAUAAGAAUAUUAGUAGUAAUAAUAUUAAAUUAGCCAGUCUCCAUAACAACAUUAUACACCACAAUCUGAUAUAUCUAAAAAAUCAGUUUAAAAUUAGUAAACAAAUUUAAAUGAAAAAGAUAUUUCUCCUAGCAGAUUUUCCUAAAACAAAAAUCAAGAAUCUAUUAACAUUAGUCAGUAGUAAGGGUAAGAAAUAUCUUAGCAAUUUUAAUAACAAGGAUAGUUUUCAAGCUAGCAAUUAUCAUCGUAAAGAAGUAAUUUAUCUCCUUAAAAUUUGUAAUUUAGUUAAAAACAACAAAAUCAAUCAUAAAUUGAUUUAAUAAGGAAUAAUUAAAGUUAAGAGCUAAAUUAAUAAUCUCCUUCCCAUUCUUAAGGCUAAUACGCUUCAAGAUAAUCUAAUAAAGAAUUGGCAUAAAAUUUAUCAACAAAUAAAUCGUAAGGUCAAUCACCUUAAAGUUUAUCAAAAAAUAAUUUAGAUGGAUUUUAAGAAGCCUAAUAAACUAGACAUAUUCAAUAAUCACAUAAUUAAUCAUAAUAGGAUGAUUCUCAAUAUUAAAGCCCCUAGUCUUAGCAAAGAAAAAUUCAUAUUAAUGAUUAAUCUUAAAGCUAAUUCAAUAUUACAUAAUAAAGUCCUUAUCAAUAGUCUUUCAAUCCUUCACUACAAAAAUUGAAUACUCCAGGGUACGAUUAAAACUAUUCAUAAAAUAUGAUUAACACUCCAUAGAUAAAUAAUUAAAUAAACAAAGGGACUUCUGGAUUUUAAGAAAAUGAAUAAUAGCAAUAAUCUAAUUAAAUUUAAAUGAAAUCAUCUGAAAAAUAAAACUUCUCAACAGGAUAAUAAGCUCAAAUAGUUGAUGCUAAGGAAAGUAAUUUUUCAAAUGAUAACUAAUAUUAUUCUGCUUCUGGAUUAUCUUCACCUAAUCGUUAACCAUAAAACUCAAAUAAAACAUAAAAUCUAAAUGACUAGAGUAACUUCUAAAUUAGAUAAAAUGAUAGUUUCUAGGAUUAAUAAAAAUACGAUUAUCCUUAAAACUCUUAAAGACCAAUUGUUUACAAUUAGCAAGAAGUAAGUUCUGAUUAACUCUAAUAAUAAGAUGAAAAUCCUGUAAGUAAUUCAUCAUAGAGAUAAAAUGUUUUAUAAAGUGAUUUUAAAUAAUCACCAAUAAGCAGCGAUUUCUAGCAAAAGUAAUUUAGAUAAAGUCCUUAUAAUUAAGAAAGAGAAUAAUAAUACUUUAAUUAAUAAAUAUUGAGUAAUGAAAAGAGUUAAGGAGAUUCUUAAAUUUAAUCAUAAAAAAGUUUGAAUUAAGAAUAAUAGUAAUAAGCAAAUAGUCCUUUUAGAUAAUAAAAUACAUAAUCAAAUAAUUUAAACGAAGCACAAUAACAUUUCAUUUCAUAAUAAUCUGGAGCAUCUAAUAAUGAUAGACAAUUAAGUAGUCCUUAAAAAAGUAACAUACCUAAUUAAUAAUUAUAAAUAUCUUACGAUUAAAGGUAGUAAAGUCCUAUCUCAAAUGAUUUUAAUAUGAAAUCUUAAAUUAAAUCACCUUAUGUAGAAGAUUAGUAAAACAAAAGCAGUUAGUCUAUGUAAUAAAGCCCUUUUUCAAGAGAAUAAGAAGUUAAAAAUUCAAAUUAAGUCUAAAAUAAUCAAUACUCUUAAAAAGACUCUUCUUCAACAUUAAAUAAAAGUCCUUAUUCAGAGAAUGUUAACUAAGAUUAAACUCUUUAAGAAUAGGUGGAAAGACAAAACAGUCCUAAUUAUUAAGAAGAUAAAUAGUUCUAAUUAGAAAGAUAAAUAAUAAGAUAAUAAUAGCCUUAUAGUUCUUCUAAAAGCCCUUAAUCAGAUUUGAACUAAUCAAUCAAAAAUCAAAUAUAAAAUUCGCAAUCUCCUUUAAGCAAUAAAUAAUUAAUGAGUAGUGAUAAAACGAGAUAAUAAAAUGAUUAAGAUAAUUAUGAAUAAAAUGAAGAUGAAUAUGAAGACAAUUUAUAUUUUGAAAAUGAACCUGUAGUAAAAUCUAAUUUAUAGAAAUCAUAAGUAACCAAUACUCCUGUAUCAACAAAUUAAGUUGAAGAUUAAAAUAAAGAUUUUAAUAAAUAUUAACCACAAGAAUAAGGUUUAAUAUAAGGUACUUCAAAACAAAACUUAGAAGAUUAGUAAUCAUUAGAAAGAUCAAUCCACAAAUAAUAACCUUAUAUCUCCUCAAGAAGCCCUUAGUCAUUAAGCAAUUAAUAGUCUGCUAAUUAAAAAUAAAGUUUAUAAUCUCCUUAUAGCCAAAAAUCACCUAUAUAAUCCAGAGAUCAAUAAAUAUUGCAAAGUUAAUAAGGAAUAUUAAAUCAAAAUUAGGAUGAGUAAAAUAAUUAUUUAGAAAAUUAGGGUUUAGAAUCUUCUUAAAUAAAUUUAACUCCCUCUAGAUCAUAAAUAAGUGCAUAAAAUAUCUCUUAAUACACGAAAUCACCCUAAAACUAAUCUUCAAAUAUCCAUGAUAUACAUCCUAUUUCAUAGUAGAAUGUAAUUAGUUCUCAAAUAACUGACUCUAAUUUAAGCCCAAAAUUCAGAUAAGAAGAGUAAAAUGUUUAAUAACAACAAAAUAUUGUUUACAAUCCUUAAUAAAUUUAGUAAAGAAUAAGUAAUAGCCCUGUUAAUUAACAAAAAAUUAGCUCUCCUUAAAGCUCUAUUUUGUAUAGUAAAGAUUAGCUUUCUGAAUAAAAAGAUACACUUAAUUAGAUGAAAAAUCCUUCGUCUCCAUAUCAUUAACAACGAUAAUUUGAAUCUUAAAAAAUAUCUGGUAAUCAAUCAUAAAUUUAAGAAUUACCUUAAGAAGCUAACUUAUAAAAUAAAGGUGAAUCAGAUUAAGGAUAUUUUGAAUAAUACAACGAACAAUCUCCUUAAAUAAAAGGUUUAUAAAUUAAACAGAAUUCUUAAGGCUAGUAAGAAUAUUUGUCUAAGUCAAGACACUCUUCAUCCCCUUAUUCUUAUUAAAGAUCAGAUCAACAAGAAUAAGCUAUAAAUAUCUAACAAAAAAGAUAAGGUUCUUCUGAAAAUAAAUAAAAAUCUCAAGAAUUUAAUAGGCUAGACUCUUAAAAUUAAAAUCAACCAAUUGAUAACAACUAAUAAAUGUUUAACAAAUCAUAAGAUAAUUAUAUCUAUGAAUAGCAAUUAUCUCCAAUUUCUCAUUCAUAAAUAAGUUAAAUAUCUAAAGGUUCUCCUGUAAAAUAAAGCUAUUAAUAAGAACUCUAAACUCCUGAAAAAUUAAAGAAUUAAGUGUAGAAAUCAUCUUAAUAUGGGGAAAAAAGCGAUUAAUCACCAUAAUAAAGUGAAAGUUUAAAAUAAAAGUUAAACUAAACAAACUAAAGCCAAUUUAAUUUAUAGGAAGACUAAACAACUAACUUUAAGCCUAGUAGUAGUAAAUAACUAAAUAAAUCAUAAGAUAUUUUCUAAGAAUCAUAGUAAAUUAGUCCUUAUUAUGAGAGCAAUUAGAGGAAUUAAGAAUUAUUAAACUCUCCUUAUAGUCAAAACAUUAAUAGAGAAGCAUAUGUAGAUUCAUCAAAAAAUUUAAAUGAAGAGUUGAGAAAAGAGAGCAAGAGACAAUCAAGAUAGUCAAUUUCUCCAGUGAAUACUCCACGCACUUAAAGCUUGGCAAAAUAACUUGACCCUUCUAUAGAUGCAAGUGCAAGUAGAUAUUUAUCAGAUAAAUAAUACUCUAGCGUUGUUGUUAGAGAAGAUGUUCAGGCACUUCCUCUUAGCCAAUCAAUCAAAAAAUCAUAAGAAGAAUUUGUUAAAUCCCCAAAUAAAACUAUCUAUAAGAAAGUAGGUAGUCUUUAAUCUCCUCCUGUUUCACCUAAUUUAAGUCCUAAUAUGAAGAGUUCAAAUGCUCCUAUUGGUUAGAUUAACUAGCCUUAUAGCGCACGCACUUACGGUGAACAAACAAGAUCUUCAAAUAUAUAUUCUCAAUUAAAAAAAGGAGUUAGCUAAGAUGGUAAUCAAAUGUUUUUGCCAGAAGAUGUUAGCAAAUAAGAAUUAUUUGCAAAUCCUUUAUAUAAUAUUUAAAGUCCCAUUCAAUUAGUAACUGGAAUAUAUCAAAACUAAGGAUCUGCAUACAAAUAAUUUGAACCAUAACAUUAGGGAGGAUAAGAAAUUUAAAAUUUACAAAAGAAGUCCAGUUAAGGAAAUAUAUCCUUAAUCCCAAAUGUUCAUUCAACAGCUUAAAGCUAAGGUAAAGUCUCAUAGUCCUUAACAUCUAAUUAAAUUCCUUCAAGUAAUAUUUAUGCCUCUUAAAGGAUAGGUUCAAUAGAUACUUAACCAAAUACUAAAGCUAAUAUAGGUGCUUAUAGCUCAGAGUAUCCAAUAGGUUUUGAAUAGUAUGCUAAUAAUCAUAAAAAAUAAUAAUCUUAAAGCUAUUCUUAAGAAAAAAUUCCAGAUUUAGUUGAUAAGCAACAAUCUUCUCAUGAAUAAAGAAGUAGUAGCCCUAUUUACUAUUAAACUCUAUCACCAAAUGAAUCUCAUAACUCCAGAUAAAUUAUAUAAAAGUAGCUUUAAAAUCUAAGAUAAAGCUAAAAUUUAGAAAGUAGUAAACCUUUUAGAGAAGACAGUCCCAGAUCGAAUAACAAUAAAAAUAUAAUUUUUUCUUAAAGCUAAAUGUAAUAAAAACCAUUUUAGGGAUAAAGAAGUAGGUAAUCAAGCGAAGGAAAUAUUUAAUAACAAAUCAUUCAGAAGAAAGGAUAUAUCUCUCCUGUAAGUACUUCUCGCAGAUAAAGUUAAGAUGAAUUAAUCAAGUAAGAAUCGAAUAAUAAAAAUAGACCUACUUCUUCUUUUAAUAUUUCCUAAUAAUUCUAAACCAUUCCUCAGUAAUAGGACUAAAGAUUUUAAACAACCUAUAGUAAUUCUUAUUCAAGUAUUCCUACCUUAGCUUAUAAAAGUAAUUCUGAAUCAAAAUAAAUUUAGUAAAGCUAAAGAAAAUUCUCUAACCCAAUUUUGUAAACUGAAGAAAUUCCCCGUCCUAAUUUCUAAAAUUUACCAGAAUAUUUAUAAUCUCCUUAACAGAAAUAGGGAUAAUUUAGUGGCAAAAAAUUAAACUCAGAAAAAUACCUUAGUAGUAGUUCUCGCAGAUAAAGUUAUGAAAAUCUCACCAGCUCUCAAAAUAAUUAAUUAGUAUAACCACCUUAUGCAGUUGAUACUGAUCUUACUAAUUAUAAAAACCAGCAAAGACCUCCUUCUUUUUCACAUUCUGAUUUUGUAUUUUAAUAAUAAGCUAAUUUCUAAGCAAAAAAUAGCUAUUAACCAGAUAAUUAAUAUUAAUUUGAGCCUUCAUAAAAUUACGAUUCAAAUUAUAACUAGUUUAAUGAGUAAAAACAAUAAUAAUAAAUAUAAUCUAUGACAACUAAAACAAAGAUUUCACCAAAUGUAAGUGGACUUUUUUCAAAUAAUGCGAAAUCUAUAAAUGAUAUGUAAUUAGACUUUUAACAAGGUAGUUAAUUUAAUUUGUAAUCAAAUCUUCCUUCAUUCUAACCUAUACUCUCUCCAUUAAGUAAUUCUCAAGGUAAUUUUACAUAAUAAAGAUAACAGUAAAAUCCAUUUUCAUAAUAAACACUGCUACCAACAUCCCCACUAUUUUUCGAUCAAUAACAGUAGUAAACAGAAGGUGAUUAAUAGUAAAAGCGCUAGGUACCAUACUUCUAAAGCUAAAAAAGUAGGGAAAAGCCUAUAUACCCAUCAUCAAAGAGCUAAGAUUAAUACGGAUAGAGUAUUCCAAAAAUAGAAAGCUCUAAUAAUAUGUAAGUAUCUUCUUAAUAAAAUAAAAUAAUAGAGCCCUACUCAAUUGAGUCAUAAAGUAAUUUUAAAUCAAAUCCUUAUUCAGAUUAGCAAGGAUAUCAAAAACAGCCGUCUAGAUAAGACAUGAGCGAUUAAAGUAGAGCUAACUAAGUUUAGUAAAAGGAUGAAUUAUAUAUGGAUAGAUAAUCUUAGCUUUACAAUAGUGGAAAUUAACUAAAUUAAGUUCCAUUUAGUUAUACAGUAUAGGUAAGAGAUUCAAAUGAUUAGUAUCCUUACUCAUAGAACGCUAUCAAAAGUUCUACUAUAAAGUCCCCAAUCAUAGAAGACAAUGCUUCAUUAAAAAGUUUGAGAGAUAGUAGAAAUUAGUUUGAAAAGAAAGAGCAAUAAUAGUAUUAAGGUAAUAGAUAAAAUUCUAGCAAUUAAAAUUAAAAUGAAUAAAAAGAUAAAAAUACUUAAAAUUAAACUUCCACUUCAUCAUAGUAUUAAGGUUAUUAUAUUCCAAAGAAAAUGGAUAUUCCUGUUACAGACAUUUUAAAUGAAAAAAGCUCUGAAUAAAUUUCAAGAUAAAGUUAAGAAGAAUUAUUUAGAAAUAGUCCUCUUCGUUCUGAAGCAGAAAAAAAAUAGAAUAUUUAAUAAGCAUAAUCAUAAAUACCAUAUAUUGAAAAUUCAUCAAAUAUAGAAGAGAAAUAAUAAUUUUAAGGACAAAAUAAAUAAUAUUAAUUCGAACAAUAAUAAUAAGAAAAAGAGAGAGGAAUUUCAACUAAUAGAUAAAAGGAUGCUUAACUAAUUACAAAUAAUGAAUAAAGUAAAUAUUAAAAUUAGUUUGAGUAAAGAAUACCUGAAUAGUAAAAAUAAAGCUAAUUCAUAUAAAAUAACUCUCAAUCCUAGUCUUCUUAAUAAUAAAUAAGUAACCCUCAUUAAUAAUCUUAAUAAGAGUUUUAAAUAAAAUAAUUAGAGAGUGGAAUUUCAACUAAUAUAUAAAAUGAUGCUUAAAAAAUUUUAAGUAAUGAAUAAAGUAAAUAUUAAAAUUAACUUGAGUCAAGAAUACAUGAAUAACAAAAAUAAAACUAAUUCGUUUCAAAUAACCCCCAAUCCUAAUAUUCUUAAUAAUAGUUAAGUAACCUUCCAUAAUAAGAGUAUUAUCCAUAAAUCUAAGGUGAAUUUAAUUAGGAAAUGAGUUUUUCAUCUAGAUAGCCAAUUGAGAGACAAUCAAUUGAAUAAAUUCUUAAAAAUUCAUAGAGUAAAUAUGAUAAAAAUUUAAAAUCAGAUAACAAAUUUGAUUUAUCCUCUAGAGAUAAACACUCAUCAGCAAUAGGAUAACAAUAAAAUGAUUCAUAAAACAGCUUUUAGAAUUAAGUAAGUACAGAUAAAAAAGAUAAAGUAUCUUUACAAAGUCAGCUUGAAGUGUCCGAUUAAACAUUCUAAUAAAGAUUCCCUACGUAAAAUGAAUAUUCAAUUAUUUCUUCUUCAGAUAAAAAAUAAAUUUCUAAUUUAAGCUAAGGAAAUGUUUAAAAUUACUAUCCCUCUUAAGUAGAAAUGAAUGAAUAGAUAAGUAUUAAUUAAUCAAAAGAUAUCAAAUAACCUCAUCAAUAAAUUGAUGAACCUACUAAGCAUGCUAAUUACUAAUAAUAAAUUCCUUUAGGAAAUUUCUAGGAAUCAAAAUAAAAAUAGCUAACAAAUCCUUAAAAUUAAGAAAAAUAAACUGCUUAAAUAUUCUAUUAAUAAGAUGAUAGAUAGUAAAAUAAAAUUUAAUAACAAGCUAGUAAGGAAUUUGCAUAUUAAUAGGAUAAUAAAGAUAUAUAUAUGCCUGAUAAAUAAUUUGGAUAUGAGUCAAAAGAUAUUUAAUCUGCAUAAAAACUCACUGAUUCAGUAAAAAAUGAAUAGUUAAAUACACAAAACUAACCUUAAAAUUAUUCUCGCGGUUCUUAAUUAACUGAAGCAUAGUUGGUUUAAUAGAAAAGCAGUUAUUAAGAAAUAAACAGAUCUCAAGGAUAAGGAAUAAUUUAGAUAAAUUAAAGCUAAGAGAAAAGAAAGGAUUAAAUUACCUCUAAUGAUUCAUUUGCUAAUAGAUAAUUUAUUUCUGAAUAAAAGGAAUAAGGAAUUAACGAAAAUAAUGACCUACCAUAUAAAAGUAAUAUGGGAAUUAUAAAUGAUAAUUUAAGUUAUCCUUCUAGUCAAAUACAAGGUUUGUAAUACUCUUCCUAUUAAUCUAGACCAAACUAAUCUCCUGAUAAUAAAUAAUAAUCAAUAAAUAUGAGUAGCUCAUUUUAAGCAUAAGAUCCCUUUAAUAGAAGCUCAUAUAAUAAAUCAAUGGAAUUUUUAAACAAAUCUGGGUAACACUUAACUAGCUCUUUAGAAAAUAAAGAUUAAAUCCCUUAAAAUAUUGCUGAUCAAAUGAAUAAAUAAUAAACGAAUUAAAUUUAUCAAACUUAGCCCUAUAAUUAACCCUAUUUCCCUACGAAUUCUAACAAUUAAAUUGAAAGCAAAUAAAAUUAUGUAAUAGAUAUACCAUCUGAUUUAAAUAAGACCGAAUAGUCUGAUAAGAAGAAGUCUAAGAGUCCAAAUAAAUUUGAGGAGAGUUAAUCUUUGUUUGGAGAAAAGGCUCCAUUAGGAAAUUACUCCAUACCAAAAACAUAUUAAAGUAAAUCAUCUGCCUUUGAUAAUAUCUCUUAUGUAAAUAACCCUCAAGUAAAAAGUAAUGCUUUAAAUGAGGGUUCUUUUGGAGCUCCUAAAUAUUAAAAUACCUAAUCUAUAUCUUCUGCUUCUUACCAAUCUUCACCCCCAAAUAAAUAGUAAGCUAGUAUUAACAUAAGUUAAGAUAUUAGCUCAGGUAACCAAUUAAAGUAUAUUAUUCCCUUAAAUUCAGAGGAUGCUAAAAAUAGAGAAAAAUAUUUACUUAACUAGCCUAACCAAUCAGUUGAAUACUAUUCAGCUGGAUCUGUAAAUUAAUACCCAUAAGCUAGUGUUUAAAAUUAAUAAAAUUUAGAGAAUAGUUUAAGAUCAUAGAGUUCACCUUAAAAAAAUAUUUAAAGUUAAUUUUAGAAUGAUUUAUAAGAGAGACAAUCAUCCCUUCCUCCAAAAUAAUAAGUUUCAACCUUAUAAGAAUAAAUGUAAAUUCCAGUUGCAAAUGUUGGAAAUAUUGGUCAGAAAGAAGUAAGUAAAUAAGCUCUAACUUAAAGCAGCGAAAAUGAAAGAACAGGAUAGCAAAAGGAUAAUUAUUAAAUAAAUGAAGCUUAGCACAGAUUAAAUACUGACUAGUGGUCUCUAGAUUAGAAUUUCUAAGGCUUGCAAGCUCCUAAGAUGCUUAAUAGCUAAAGUAGCUAGUCAAAUAAUAGAUAUACUACUCCUAUGUAAACUGCUUAGUUUAAUAGCUAAAGUUUUGAUGAGCUAAGUGAUGCGAGCAGAAAGCAGGAAUAAAAAAUUAAUAAUGACAAUAUGUCAUUUUCAUAAUUAGGAAAUAGUCAAUAAAAAACUUAAAGAUAAAAUUCACCAUUGAAAUCAUAAAAUCAAGGUACUUUGAAUUAAUUAUCUGAAAGAGAGUAAGUUCCUGUAAGCAACUAAUAAUAAAUGUCUAUUCCUUCCUCAUCUUAAAAAGAUAUGCAAGAUAUCUCUGAAUUGCCAGAGGAGUUCAAAAAAUAAUCUAAAUAUUAAUAUCAUAAUCUUGGAGUUACACCUUUACCAGGAACAGUAAAUAAUAACAAAUAAAAUAGCCAAUAAGGACUUAAUAGUUUUAGUAUGGAUAAUAAGAGCUUGAAUUAGCAAAAUCCUUUAGAUGAUUCAUAUAGAACCGUUUCACAGAAUGAUGGUAGAGAACCUUAAUCAUCUUCUUUAUUUAACCCUUUAAUGUCAGCAAAUACCAAAAAUUAAAUGAGUAAAAAUAAAACUAAUGACAACACAUCUCAAUGGUAUUCAUAAAACAACGACUCAAAUUAUCAAACUUUCUAGAGUCCAUAAUAAAAUUAAUCCUCUUCUAGUGUUCAACAAUAGCAAUAACAAGAUUAGCAUAACUUUAUUACAAAACCUAGCAAAAAUGCAUAAUUAUUCUCAAGAGUUUCUGAGUUCCCAUAUUAACAAUAAAAUACUUCUUAUUUAGUAAAAGGAUUUGAAGAUGAUAGGAUUUCAAAUUAAAAUAUUUAACAGUAGUCAAAUUAAUCUCAAAAUUAAUAGAAAUAAAAUGAUUCUUUAAAGAAUUCAUACGUAGAAUAAAAAAUUCGUGCAUCUGAUAUAGAAGAAUAAGGAAAACAAUAAAAUUAAGGCUUAUCUCCCCUGCCUAAAUAGAAUUAGUAUUAUCCAGGUCCUUAAUAUAACUCUAUUAACAAUGAAGAUGAAGUAAAUUAUAGAACUAUAGUCUCUCAUGGAUCUGUCAGCACCUAAGGUUUGAGUGCUUAAAAGUAAUACUAAUCUCAAAGAUAAGGAGAUAUCUCAUAGAAUUAAUCAUUUAAUGACUCACCUAGCAAGAAUAUUCGUAGAAUAAAUUAAGGAAAUAGUGGUCAACCAAAUCAGAUUAGGGAAAGACUAGAUAAUAUCAGGAAUAUUGAAAGCAAAAUUAAAUAGUUAAGUGAAAACAUUAUGACUGCAGUUAAUGAAUCAUAAUAGUAAAUCAAGUUGGGUGAGCAGUCAUAUGACAGCGUGAGAGAAGAAAGCAAAGAUCAAGUUCCUGAAAACUAUGAAGAAACAACUUUCCGCAAUCAAGAUUUCAAAGAAAGUUAUAAGAAAUCUAGGGCAUAACAAAAAUAACCUUAUUAGAAUGAAUCUGUCUAAAAUAGAGGAAACUAAAGCAGGUAUAAUUAAGAUGUUGAAGGAAGUCUUGUUUACGAUAAUGCAAAAUAAUCUCAUCGUCACUCACCUUAUUCACAAAUGUUUGGGCAUUCUGACAAUUCAACAACUUACAUACCUUUUAAUAGUCCUAAUUAAAUAUCUCCUUUAAUCUUCCCUAAUGAUUCUAACUAGUUCUCUUUAUAUCCUAAUUCUUAAAACAAUAUUCCCUUGUCAUAUGUAUAAUAGAAAACAAAAUCAGCUCCCUUAGUUCCUGGCGAUCAUAGAUACCAUUCCCAACCUCACUAAAUGCAAAACAUUAACUUAAGUAACUCAACAUAAUAUCACAACUAAGCACCUUAAUAAGGCACUUAAUAUCAAAGAUAGAAUGCUUAAAUAUAGUACGUUCCAUAGUAGCAUUAAUCCCAUAUUUAUAGCCCUAUUAAACUACAAUAAAGCACUUCAGCUUCUCCUUACAGAUAAUAAGUUCUAAUAAGAACUCCAGUGUAAUAACAAACAUCUCCUAUUUAGCAAAGUUACCAAAUACCAGGAUAAAUACGUCAAGUAGUAUAAUCAACAUCUCCUUAUGGAAAUAACUAAAAGAAAUAACUUUCACCAAUACAAUCAAGUCAUUCUGGAUUAUCUAACAAUUAAAAUAACACUCCAAUCAGAUUAGUUUAAAAAGAAGUUAUUUAUAAAACACAAUCUCCAAUAAUUAUUUCUGAUCACUAAUAAAGGUCUAUAUCAGCAAAUAGAUUAGCAACAGAAGUAAUAAAUCAAAGUGUAAAUAAUUUAAACUAAACAGUUGUUUCAUAAGGUAUUUCUCCACUUAGAAAUCCCUAAUAAGAUGAUAGCUUUGUAAUGAAAUAAUCUAAAGGUUUUAACUUAAGCUAAAGCAUAGUAUCCCCAGUACCUGGAACAGGAUAACAUAUAAUAAUUUCUCCUAUUCGCGAUAAUUAUAUGUAUCAUAGUUUAGCAAUGUCAAGAUAAAUUCCUUUAUCUCCUAACAUAAAUCCUCUAAGUUCAAGUAUUGCUAAUGGAAACAGUCCAUAAGUUUCAAAGACUCCACUUGAAUUUAUAAAAUUCUAUACUCCAUAAAAGCAACAAAUGUUCCGUUCUGAAAGACUUCAUACUGCAAGCCCAGAAAAGAAAAACCUCAAAGAAAUUGAGAAAAUAUAGUAGAAAACAAAAACAAGAACUUUCCUUAGCUGUUGUAAAAAUGAAAAUACAGAUGAAGGAGAAGUAGAAAUUGAACAAAGUUAAGGAAACCUUUUAACUUUACAAUAAAUAAAAUAACAGCAGCUUCAAUAACAAAAAGAGAAGGAAGAUGAAAAUAAUUGUAAUAUUUACUGA